GAAUGAGUUGCUCGGUGAAGAUUUCGUGUGGUAAGAACUGGAGCGGGUCGCAGCGGAGGAUCAAUUCCCUCGCGGAGGAAACGACGUGCCCUACGGCUGGAAGCACAAGCUGCGCCGGCUUAGCGGGCCAACCGAACGCCGUAGCGUCGACGUCAACGUCGACCACGGCCACCACGUCCACCACAACCACAACCAACACCGUCAGCCCGAGCACGCUGACCAGCGGUAACCAGAGGCUUGCGCCGCCGCGUCCUGUCAAGUCGAUCGCCUCUAGAAAAGGGGAGGAUACCACGAAACUGCUCAAGUACAUCGACGAUAACGUCAUCGGCAAGAACGGCACGUUCUUCGGACCAUUCGGCCGCAGGAAAGUGGUCUACUGCGACUACACCGCUUCUGGAAGGUCGCUGCAAUUUCUCGAAGAGUACAUUGCGAAGGAGGUGCUGCCAUAUUUGGGCGACACCCGGGCGUCCACGUCCAUCUGCAGCCUUCAGUCUUCUCUGUUCAGACACGAAGCCAGAGACAUUGUCCGACAUGCGGUGGGAGCUGGCGAGCAGGAUGCUGUGCUGUUCACGGGUCAAGGCACGGCGGCUGCCCUUCGUACGCUUUUGCGACACCUCGAUGUCUCCAAAUCCACCGUGGUGUUCGUGGGACCGUUCGAGCAUCACGCGAAUCUCCGGCCUUGGCGUGAGCAUGGCGUCAGGAUAGUACGAGUGUCCGAGACUCGAGAAGGUUUCUUGGAUCUGAACGAUCUCGAGCGGAGCCUGAUCAAAGUUCGAAGCGAAGGUGUUACGCAAAUGAUCGGAUGCUUCAGCGCUGCCAGUUGCAUAACCGGGGUUUUGGCAGAUGACGUCGCCACGACCCUUCUACUGCAUCAGUAUGGGGCACUUAGCGUCUGGGAUUACACCACAACAGCCCCGUACAUUCAAAUCGAUAUGAAUCCACAUCUGCCCGGCGUCGGGGAGACGACCGUGCACAAAGACGCGAUUAUUUUCGCCGGGCACAAGUUCAUCGGUGGAGUUCAAUCCCCUGGCGUGCUCGUGACCAAACGGUCCCUGUUGAAAGAUAAAAUUGCCACGGAGGACAUGCGGGACUCUCAUCACUAUCACCGGGAUCCGGAACUCUGCGAGGAGAGUGGCACCGCGGGUGUCGUCGAGACCAUCAGAUGCGGACUCGCUGUGCAACUGAAAGAGAACGUCACGCCGCGAGCGAUCGUCACUCGUCAAGAUAAGAUUUCCAGGCAAGUGUUGGCACACGUACGCACGAUUCCGGAACUAAUUCUGCUCGGUAGCGGCUCGCAGAAUGUUAAGAGGCUGCCGAUCUUUUCGUUUAUGGUGCGUCAUCCGCGGGGCACGUUCCUUCACCACAACUUCGUGUGCGCCGUGUUGAACGACGUGUUCGGUAUACAGGCGCGUGGCGGGUGCGCGUGUGCCGGACGUUACGCUCACGAUCUGAUGGGAAUCGACCAGGAACUCGCCAAGGAAUACCAGAAGGCGUUGAUAGAGGGGGAACGGAACACCGAGAACGAAGAAACGAACGCCGAAGGUCUGAGGCCGGGUUUCGCGAAACUCUCCUUCCCUUACUUUAUGUCUGAGGCAGAAGUGGCGUUCGUACUGGAGGCACUAAAAAUGGUAGCAACGGAAGGUUGGAAAUUGCUGCCGCAGUACGUGCUCAACUCGGAUACGGGUGAAUGGCGCCACCACACGAAUAGCGUGUUCAAAGAGCGAAAGUGGCUCAGCUCAAUCAGAUACACAGACGGGAAGAUGAACGCUUCCGAGAGACGAGUAUCCGGUACUGGUGUACUUCCGCAGAACUACGGCGACUGUUUACAGACAGCGCGCAACAUUUUCAACCGGGCUAGGAAAAUGGCGCAGAGGUAUCCGCUGCAGAUAGAUCGUAGCUACAACAUCGUGUCGGAACGGCUGGAGUCUUUACGAUGGUUCAUGUUGCCGAGCGAGGCGCAGGAUCUCCUUCUGGGUAACUCGCAGAACGUGAAGCAAGACGUGCCUUUCAGUCCGAUGCUAUCUUGGAACAAGCACAGCCAUCACACGCCGACUACAACGCACGACAGCUUGGUCAAUUGCCUAGCCUUGGCUAAUAGCAUCCGUCGACUGAACAGCGACAUUCCUCGAGCGGGAAACGCUCCGAUCUCGUCGAAUUCACCUAGACACAGAAGUCUUCCGGUAUUGAGUACAGUCAGGAGAACUCUGUUGAGCGCGGCCGAAUUCCAGACUUCUUCGUCCAAUCCAGCGAACAGCAACGAAGAGGAACAGACGUCGUCCAUUACCACCGUGGUCGAUCGAAAUACCGAAUCAGCCGGUGAGAGGUCACCGGCUACUUGUCCGAGUUCUCCGAUGCCCGUGAGGUUCGCGGUUGGCGAAGCGGUCACGGCAUCGGCUCUCAGCACGAUGUCUCACGCGGGCAGCAGGCCAAUUAAAGAGCAAAGAGAUUCGAUAGACUCCACCAACGCUGGUCGUGCCAGGUGCAACUCUCUCGGUAGUACUAGCGGCGGUGGCAACGAUUCGGGGAACCGAAACGUCGCAUCGUCCUCGUCCUCCCCAAUUCCACUGCUUCCGCUGAGCCCGCAAACCUUGACUAGUCUGGGAUUAAGUGGAAAUAAUGGCAACUCCUCGAAGCACAGACGACAUCACUGUAGUUGCAGCAGUCAAACGGAUUUGAAUUCUCUGGAGCUGGACAGUAGCAGCCCCAGUCAUUCGAUCUUGUCGUUAAAUUGUCAUAAUCCAACAUCGCCUCCGUCUUCGUAUUCCUCUGUCUAUGAUUAUACGGAAAGAUUCGUAGGGGGAGGUAGGUCGUCACCAGUUUCAGCGAACGGCGGUCAAAAGUCAGAGGACGAUCUGAGAGCUUACGUGAAGGAGGUGACGAAGGAAUUAGCGACGGAGAUUAAGUCAGAGAUCCGAGAAGUGAUAUCCAAGGUCGACGAUGCGCUGUCGGAAACGAACACUUCCGAGAACACGCCGCAACAUCAUUCACGCAAUCUAAGCGCCAUUAGUCAGUUGUCCGUAGAGGACAAACAGACGAGACACGAUUCGUUCACUGCGAGCGAUAUCGCGGAAUAUUUGAUGGAAUUCUCGAAGGAAAUGGCUAGCGAGGUGAAGUCAGAGAUCAGAUGUAUGGUUAAUGCCGUGGACGGUUUGCAUAGACACUCUCCGGAUGCUUCGGCUUCGGAUGUGUCGUCGAAUGGUUGCGGCUCGCCGGAUAGAGGGAGGAUCGUUCAAUCUUCCUCAUCGCCCAGAAUGUCGAGCGCCAGACGAAGCGGACCAAUAGAGAUCUCUGGGAAGAUCGGAGAACUGACUCAACAGGAAAGCAAAAUGUCCAGCGAGUGUUCUUCGGACGAGACGGUAAUUUACGUGAUGAAGCCAGCUGAGAACGAACAGAUGGUUCGCAACCAAUCGAAAACCGACGACGAAGAAGUGGUACACGACUUGGAUGACGAUUUAAACGACGACGAUUCUCAAGAACGCGGUGGUUUAGAGAUCGGAGACGCGCGAAAGAUUCUCCCCAAAAUUUAUUCCGCCGUGAAUUCCGUUAGUUCCCAAGACAGUGGUAUCAAUUUAUCUUUCCACGAGAGCGACAAGUCUUUAGAUUCGGUUGAUUUAAAGCGUAGCAGCAGCGCAGAGUCCAAUUCGACCAACAGUUACGGUCGCAAACCAAGAGCAAGUUCGAUGACCGCGUUAUCCAAUAAAUCAAGUUGCAAGCAACAAGUCCGUCAAAACGAUGACUUUUCUGAAGACGAGGAAUGUUCGAGCGAUCUGAAGGAGGAAGAAGAUGGAGACCAGGGAGCGACAUUUGACUCGAAGGGCGGGAACACCGAACUGUCCCGAGUUCAGUGGCAUUGUCCGCCAAAGAACAUUUGGAAGCCAGCUGUCGAGGCAAUGCAAGAGUUCGAUAUGAUUCGAGACAACGAUAGAGUGCUGGUCUGCUUGUCGACUAACGGCAAGAGUUCCUUGUCCUUGUUACACACGUUGCACCAGUACCGAUUCUACGUAAGAUCAAAGGGCGUGGACUUUGAGAUCGGAGCAGCCACGGUGGACGCAAACAGAUUCGAUCCUCUGGAACUAAUGAGCUAUCUGAAGGCUCUGGACGUCCCUUAUUUCUACGAAGAACAGAGCAGCGAAUUCAAGUGCAGCAGCGGUGACAAUCAGCCUGAAGAAGAAGCUGUGGACGCCAGUGGAGCGUGCAGCUUCUGCAACCGAGAGAUCAGGUCGCAGUUAUACGCGAUCGCCAAGCGGCAUAAAUACAACGUGCUGGCUGUUGGCCAGCACUUGGAUGAUCUUACCGAGAGUUUCUUCGUCUCGGUGUUUCACGGUGGCAAGCUGAAAACCAUGAAAGCGCAUUAUUACAUACGACGUCAAGAUCUCAGGGUCGUACGACCAUUCGUAUACACCCGAGAAAAAGCGUUGAGACAGUUCGUCGAUAGUAAGAAGCUGUUGGUUUCACGGGAAAUCAGGUCAACUGACCUUCCCGAGAGACAGAAACAAAGCAAGGAGCUAAUCCUGCAACAGGAACGCGCCUAUCCUCGACUUUACUGGUCCUUGAGGACCGCCUUGCGACCUUUGAUCGACGCCCAUGGCCAGCAACUCGAUCUCGAUCUCGCAUCUCCCGUGGGAAACAACGGGGGCAACAAUUCUGGCGGAUCCAGUUGCAGUUCGUCCGCCAGCAGCGUGGGCAAUGCACCCACUGGUGUUAACAAUCAACAGAAGAGACAGCGAAGAGCGAAGACAAAUUCUGUCUCGGUAGCUACGAUUCAGUACAAGGCACAGGAGCAUGAUGACAAUGACGAGACCGACGAAGAACCGGUCCUUUGAGGGAGACCCGUCGCGAGAUGGGAUUUCAAUCGUGCUUCUAUCUCAUCCUCGCAUCACCGUCGAAAACCACCGUUAUCGGCAUUCUCCAUAGUUAGGAGGAGGCGGCUACGUUUUGCCAGCGCCGCCGCUACCGCGAAAAUUCAAGAUCCUGAGGGAGAAUGCUAAGAUCGAUGUUUCAUUAAACGAAAUCGAUCGUGCGAGAGAGGGAAAGAUCGCGACGAAUGGAUCGAUGAUGAGAUACAUAUUUAUAUAUAGCUGUACGAGAACGUACUCGGUCUUUCGGACUAUGUUUGCUAGGCUACUAUUCUGCCAGUAGCGAUCGUUCGAUCGUUUUCUUGUUUUCAAAUGAUCAACGCGUAGACCAGAGGGUUUUCGAAGUUCGUUUGGUGACCCCCUGUUUGUCCAAGUCUCUUGCGAUUUGUCGAAGCUUCGUUAAGAUUCCGUGAAUAUGUUUGCGAUUCUGUACUUCGAUACGAAGUUGCUGUAACGGUUAUGAUUUGACGUCGCGUCGUGAAGCGUUUUGAUUUUCGCACGAGCGGUCUCACGGGAUGUCGAUGCACGAAAGUAGGACAUUCGCUCGAACAAUGAGCGCAACGACGGGUCGAAUAUUUCCUUUUCCUUCGUGUUCUCGGAAGAAAUGGUUGUCAAAGUCUGAGAACGAUCGUGGAAACCGUCGUCGCGGAUCGUUAGAUAUGUAACGACAUAAAUUGCUUCGUAAGCUACUUAAGGAAAACGUUGUGUGCGUUUAAAUGUUACUUACGUAAGGACACUUAGCGUUUAAUAACCAUCAACAUGUUGAGACUUCGGUUGUACUUUUCAAGUUCAGAGCACGCGAUGGCGACUCCAGAGUCUUGUCUUGUUGAAGCAACAUUCGAAGAUGCAUGGAUCUGGAUAAUGGAAAAUGGAACUGACGUUGAAAGAAACAAAGAUAAAAGUACGAAAAGAAGAAAAUAAAUACAAGUCGGUUUGACAAAUCAAUUGGAUUCAAGUGCAUGACUGUACGAUCUGUAUAAUUGGAUGGUAUUAGGUAAACGAGAGUAACUCGAAUGACUCGAGAAGAGCCAAAACCUCGACUGCUCAAGGGACCGCAUUGUUAAAGUUAAACGAAGGACGCUUGAUUUUUUAUAUAAUUACGAUUUAAUAAACCAACGAGCCUCGUGUCUCGCACCGGUGAACGAUUAGAGUUAGUUGCUUAUGAUACGAACAUUUUUGUAAAAUCGUGUCCGCGAUCACUGUCGAGACGAGCCUCUUUUUUCGAGCAUUUUUUGAUGAUCGAACGCGAUUUUUCGCACGGUGUCUUUCAAUAGGAGAGAGAACGUAAGUGGAUUUUAAAUAAGGAUAAGGAUACAGGGAUUUUUUUAUCGUUUGGAAUCGAUAGGACGUUCAUUUUUUUGCGGUCAAGAAAAAUGUCGUCCUUGACGAUUCGGGAACAAAUUGAACGGUGGGAAGAGCAAAAGAAUCGAGAAGGAAAACGCGCUUGUUCGAUCUUGCAAACAUGCGCAGACCAAUCGACGAUGUGUAUUUCUCAACUUGAUCUGUUUUUUCGCUCCAUGUGAACGUUUAUCGUACUCGGAUUGCGUAAAGUCGGUCAGAGGAUUUGAGUAGUGAAGGUUUUGACAAAUUCUCAGCCGUAUCGCAUUGUAUUUCGAUAGCACGCACACAAAACUUGACGCCUAGCCGCGUAUAUUCGUAAACAUAUACGUGUACAUACAUAUAUUGCUUCUGUGACGAGUAAACCGAAGAAACAUGGUAUAUAUAUACACAUAUAUAUAUACACAUAUACAUAUAUACAUAUAUACAUAUACGAAUCAUUAAACGAAAGUUUUUUCCUCUUAACUGGUAAAAUAUACGUACUACAUCUAUACAUAUAUAUCAUGUAUGUCGCCUUGUUCGAAAUCAUUGGCGGAAUCAUAUUUUUCGAAUAUUGUAUAGCCGUUUUUUUUUUCGUCGGUGAACAAAAAAGAAAAUAAAAAAAAAGGAUACACGUAAGAAACGUCAAAUUAUUCGCGAAAGAAAAAGUUAUGACGAUCGCAUGAUAUCUUUCAUUCUUCUCGAUUUACCGUGGCCGAGCGGGCGUACUAUUUUCGGAUUAUAUUUGCCGGAAGUAAGGCGUUCGCCAACCGUGUUCGGUCCAACGGACUGGGAUUCGUGUAACGAGGAUAUAUUCCAGCCAUUCUAGAUUAUAUUAGUAGACCGAGAAGCGAAAACCAGUUAACGGUCAAAGCAGGAUGGCAUAGUGAAACUUAAAAAUGUAAAACAGCCGUACGGACGCUCGUGGCCUCGAUCUCGUCGCGAUCGUCGCGGCAGUUGGCGUCGAUGGUUCGAUGAUCGAAAUAUCCUUCGGCUCGAUACUUAACGAACUCGUUUUACGUUUUCGUUUCGUUUUAUGUUUGACAGCUGUGUAUGCUCGCUAUCGUUAGGAUUUAAUUAAGGAAGCGUAAGGUUCCGUACGUACGUAGGCCGCAUGUAAAACACACACUGUAAAACGUAGAUACUUCUGGUACGUACGUUUCGCGUCGUACCGAUUCUUCCUAACGAGCCCGUUCAUCCGUUUACGGGACGGAGAAUGUGUCGGUGUUAGAUACGGAACACCAUAGAGGCAGAAACAACAUUUAACGGGAAGAAAAACACGUGAAAUAUGAAAGAACGGAAGUCUCGAUCUAUAUGGAUUUUCGCGGAUAGAUAUUACCAUAUUUUCCGAGGGUUACGAGAGGACGUUGUUACUGUAAAGAUAUGUAAGUUUAUUUAUCGCUAAUAAAAAUGAACGUUUAAGAAAAA